AGAAAACCUCAUGACGGUUUCACGAGACCACCGCAUCGGAUACCGUCUGGAGCUACAGUCCGCUGCUUAAAGUUAACUCCUAGAAUAAAAGCAAAGAUCAGUCAACAUGCGUGAGUGUAUAUCCAUCCACGUGGGCCAGGCAGGUGUGCAGAUGGGCAACACCUGCUGGGAGUUGUACUGUCUGGAGCAUGGGAUUCAGCCUGAUGGUCAAAUGCCCAGUCACACCCCCGUGGGCGCUCAUGAUGACUCCUUCACCACCUUUUUCAGCGAGACAGGUGCUGGGAAAUAUGUUCCACGCGCCAUCUUCGUCGACCUCGAGCCAUCAGUCAUUGAUGAGGUUCGCACAGGGCCUUAUCGUCAGCUCUUCCACCCAGAGCAGCUGAUCUCUGGCAAAGAAGACGCCGCCAACAACUACGCCCGAGGACACUACACCAUUGGGAAGGAGGUCAUCGACUCAGUCUUGGACCGUGUUCGCAAACUGACUGACCAGUGCACUGGUCUCCAAGGCUUUCUGGUGUUCCACAGCUUUGGUGGAGGUACUGGUUCUGGCUUCACCUCCCUGUUGAUGGAGCGCCUCUCUGUCGACUAUGGCAAGAAGUCCAAGCUGGAGUUUGCCAUCUACCCAGCUCCCCAAGUGUCCACAGCAGUGGUAGAGCCCUACAACUCCAUCCUGACCACCCACACCACCUUGGAGCACUCAGACUGUGCCUUCAUGGUGGACAACGAAGCCAUCUAUGAUAUCUGUCGCAAGAAUUUGGACAUUGAGCGUCCGUCCUAUACCAACCUCAACAGACUUAUCAGCCAAAUAGUGUCCUCCAUCACUGCUUCUCUGAGAUUUGAUGGGGCUCUGAAUGUGGAUCUGACAGAGUUCCAGACCAACUUGGUGCCCUACCCCCGCAUUCACUUCCCUCUGGCCACAUAUGCUCCUGUGAUCUCUGCUGAGAAGGCCUACCAUGAACAGCUGUCUGUUGCAGACAUCACCAAUGCCUGCUUUGAGCCCUCCAAUCAGAUGGUGAAGUGUGACCCUCGUCAUGGUAAAUACAUGGCCUGCUGUCUCCUCUACCGCGGAGAUGUUGUACCUAAAGAUGUCAACGUAGCGAUUGCUGCCAUCAAGACCAAGAGGAGCAUCCAGUUUGUGGACUGGUGUCCCACUGGUUUUAAGGUUGGCAUCAACUACCAGCCUCCCACUGUGGUUCCUGGAGGAGACCUGGCUAAGGUUCAGAGGGCCGUGUGCAUGCUGAGCAACACCACGGCCAUCGCCGAGGCCUGGGCUCGCCUGGACCACAAGUUUGACCUGAUGUACGCCAAGAGAGCCUUUGUGCACUGGUAUGUGGGAGAGGGCAUGGAGGAGGGAGAGUUCUCAGAGGCCAGAGAGGACAUGGCAGCCCUGGAGAAGGACUAUGAAGAGGUGGGAAUCGACUCUUUUGAGGAAGACGAGGAGUUUGAAGAAUAUUAGCAUUGCUCAUAAACUGUACUUCCUCAGAACUCUAAAAUAAAAUGUAAACUGCUAUUUGUAAUGAUAAAAAUAAAGUAGCCAUAAAAAAAAACUAUAGGUCUGUUUCAGUUAUUGAAACCUACAGUUCAGCAUUGUGAUUUAUUUUCCUGAAAUAUAGAUUAAAAUCAGUGCAAAGAAA